CAAUCAUAAAAUUCUGAAAAUAAAUUCAUGAUUGCUGACGUGUUAAAUAUUUUACGGACAUUGAUUUAGCGUACCAAACUACACUUGAAAACCAUGAACAAAAAAAAAGUUUUCAAGUAAUGAGAAUACGCACAUUCGAUGUAAUCAAUAGAAUUGAAAACAUAUACAUACCAUGUUUCCGAACUUGAUUUUUUGAUCUAUAAAUUCAAGAAAAAUAAAAAAAAAUUGUACCAUUAAAACAAAAUUAUUUGAUAAACAUUGAUGAUCAUCUACCAAAUCAGUACGAUUAAGGCCGGUUUUUUUUUGUUAAUUUACCGUGUUUUGCUUGACCUGUAUUUGAUUUUAUCAAUUAUCAAAUGCAGGUUCAAAGAACACGAAAAGUGAAUUUUAAAAGAUUCAGUGAUACAAAACUUACAAUUUUUUUUUCGAAAUCAAAAUUUUAGAUUUUUUACGUUUCACGAUGAAUGCAUGCUUGUUUUUUUUUACAUAGAAGUGAUGGACGAAUCAAAAUAUUAUUAUUGAGUUUUAUUGAACACGUGAUCUAAUGAUUUCGAAUUUAGUUUUUUUUCUGUAGCGAUCGAAAAAAAUAUAAUCAAAAAAUAUGGAUGAUAAAUUUGAUGGAUUUAAAUUUGAAUCUUCAACCAUAUCAUUAGAGGAUAUUCGUCAACAAGUUAUUCGAAAAACAAAAUCAAAUGUCAAUCAAAAUCCACGUAAUUCAUUCCUUGAUUUAGUCGAUAGUGUUUCAAAGAUAUCAUCACAAUUUCGUAAACAAACUGAUGAUGAUUGCCAGGUUGGUCUGCCUAAAUGGACAAAUGAAAAUCGUAAAUCAUUGGCGAUGGCCAUCAAUGAAACAGUGGAAAAUCUGGUCAGACUGUCCAAUGAUUGUCAUAUUGAUUUAGCUAAUGCAGUCGUUAUGAAAAUGGAACAAAAUGAUCGUAAAUAUCCAGUAAAGAAAGUAUAUGGAUUGGCAAAAAAAUAUGAUGAAAUUUGAUUUUUGUAUUGAAUAA